CUCGAGUGCGAUCCCUACCACGCCAUCGCCGCCAAUCUGCCGCUCAACACCUACAAGAACAAGGCGCCGCUCGCGGGCGCGAUCAUCUCGGCGAAGCGCAUCGUCGGUCCCGCCGCGCCCGGCGAGGUGUGCCACAUCCGGAUCGGCACCGGCGACAACUUUCGGUACUGGGAGGGGCAGAGCCUCGGCGUGAUUCCGCCCGGCCCGAACGCGGUGCGGCUGUACUCGAUCGCGAGCACGCGCUACGGCGACGACGCCAAGGGAAGCUCCGUCUCGCUGUGCGUGCGGCGCGCGCUGUACUGGGACGCGGACACGGGGGCGCACGACCCCGCCAAGAAGGGCGUCUGCUCCAACUUCCUGCGCGCGCGCGCUGGUCGGGCUCGACGCGGACGCGUCCACGACACGUGCGACUCCUCGCCUGGCGACGAGGUGCACCUCACCGGCCCUACGGGCAAGGUGAUGCUGAUGCCCGAGCACGAGCCGGCCACCGACCUCAUCAUGCUCGCCACCGGCACCGGCAUCGCGCCCUACCGCGGCUUCCUCCGCCGCCUCUUCCUGGAGCCGACGCCCGCCGCCGACGCAUUUCGCGGCCUGGCGUGGCUCUUCCUGGGCGUGGCCAACCGCGAUGCUCUCCUCUACGACGACGAGUGGCAGGCGAUCCUGCAGCGCGAGACGGCGAGGGGCAGGAGCGCGGCGCAGGGCCGCGAAGACGGCGCGCGUCGGCGAUCUGCGACGCGCCCUGUAGGCGGCAAGAUGUACAUCCAGGACAAGGUCGCGCAGCACGCCGACGAGGUGUUUGAGCGGAUGGACAACGGCGCGCACAUGUACUUUUGCGGCCUCAAGGGCAUGAUGCCCGGCAUCACCGAGAUGCUCGAGGGCGUGUGCAAGGAGAAGGGGCUCGUGUGGGAGGACAAGCUCAGCGAGUGGAAAAAGGCGGGCCAGUGGCACGUCGAGGUCUAC